GCUGAAGAAUUUAAAAGAAAGAAAAUAAAGAAACAACGAAAGAAAAGUCGGGGCAGUCAUGGGGGAUCCCGACACCGGCUCAGGUGUGAAUGGGGCGAAAAGCCAACUUGUCCAGAACCUGAUUCCACAGAAGAAGCCCCUGUUUCGCUCCUGGUUCCAGUUCCUGCUUCUGGUUUGUCUUUUGGCCUUUGUCUUGUGUUACACCCGGACCAACAGCUCAGAGUCAUUGUGGCGGAACUUGACACUCCAUGAGGACUACCAGCAGUUUACAAAUCAGACCAACAUGUUUAAUAUGCCUCCUUAUCGCAUUCAUCCGAAACACAGAGCUAUGCUAAAUAAUAUUCACAAAACCACCGAACCUCUUACUGUGAAUCCUAUUCAGUACCAUCUAGCCUUUCCUCGCAACUACCAAUUUAUUAUGGAUAAUACAGAGAUUUGCAAGAACAAGAUCCCAUUCCUGGUCCUGAUGGUUCCAGUGGCACCAGACAAUAUGGAAGCUCGAGACGCGAUCCGGCAGACAUGGGCCAAAGAAAGCAUGGUCCAGGGUGAGGUGGUGGUCACUCUAUUUUUGUUGGGUGUUUCUGGGGGAAACGAUGUUGAGAAGCUCAAACAAGAGAAUUUGCAACACCAUGACCUGAUACAGAGUAACUUCAUAGACAGUUAUCACAACCUGACCAUCAAAACCAUGGUGAUCAUGGACUGGCUGGCGACACACUGCCCCACAGCAGCCUAUGCUAUGAAGAUUGACUCUGACAUGUUCCUGAACAUUGACAAUUUAGUGAUCAUGCUAAAACAGCCAGGCAUCCCCAAGAUGAACUACCUGACAGGGCUGCUUAUGUGGAACAGGCCAGUCAUUCGUACCAAUAGCUCCAAGUGGUACGUGUCUGAGGAAAUGUACCCAGAGCCUAAUUACCCGACCUACACUCUGGGGAUGGGAUAUGUCUUUUCCAAUGAUCUUCCAGAGAAAUUUGUGGAAAUCUCAAAAUCAGUCAAACCCUUUAACAUCGAAGAUGCUUACAUUGGAAUGUGCAUGAAAAAGCUUGGACUCGCGCCAACGUCACCACCGAAACCCUCACAGUUCAUGCCCUAUAACACAAGAUAUAAUCGCUGUGAAUUCUCCCAGGUCAUCACAUACAUUCUUGAUUCUUCAAAACACCUGGUGGAGUAUUGGACAGAUCUGAAAAAACCUGAGCCACCUUGUCCUUAA